ACGGGGAUCCAGUCCAGCAGUCUUUUGAGCGACUGAGAUUUUUUUCUGCGAAUCGGGAAUUUUAAGGACAAGGCGAGAUUCAAAAAGAAGAAUGGAAGCAUAUACUUGGCAAGGGCCAUUGGGAUGAAAUGAGUGGGCGAUCACAGCAAAAAAAGGAAAAGACCAAGAGAGCGCGAGAACGUACGACCUAUCGAGAGGUCUGUCAGGGAGAGGCGGUUCAGCGUUUCACUCGGAGCUGGAGCGACAUUCACAAGUACCUAGCAAGAUCUGCGCUGAGCAGAUGUGAGCGAAAACAUCGUCUUUGUUUUUGUGUGGAUUAUUAUUCAAUUUCUCAUCCGACAAAAACUAGCAAACUAGAAGAAUUCUGCUUGCUAUAAAACACCUUAUUUUAAAACAGAGGUCGCUGACCGGCAGCCCCUCCUCCAACCCCUGCCCCCCUUCACUGCCCAAAAUGCACGGCAUCGCUGUCCCAGCCACGGCCACUUUCUGUGCCUAGAGGAAGUCGCUCGCCAGUGCCCGUCCCCCCGGCUGCCAUGUCGUCUCACGGGCAGCAGCUGCCCCAGGGCCGCAGCCGAGGCAUCGACCCGCGUCACCUGCCCAGCCCCGCCACCCUGCCUCUGCAGAUGCAACGCUCACACACGGAUGUGGGGCUGGUGGACUACCAUCACUCACGGGACUACCCAGCACACCUGGCCCUGUCCCAGCACCGCCGCCGACCCUCCCUGCUGUCCGAGUUCCAGCCUGGUAACGAAAGGGGUCAAGAGGUGCACAUUCGCUAUGACCACAUUUACAUGCCCGAGCCCAACAGCCAAUCGGAGAUGGAGUUCUCUGAGAUCAAACGGCCUCGUCUGGAGAUGGGGGCUGAGGCUCUGAUCCGCCACCCUUCCCAUCGCCAACCACUGCCCAUGGGUGGGGCCGAGGAUGUGUCCAAGGAGCGGAGUAGCUCCAUGGGGAAGCUGGAGCCCAUCUCCCCGGUGAGCCCGGCCCAGAUGGAGCCGGACCUGGACCUGGUGCCGGCGCGCUACUCCAAGGAGGAGCUCAUCCAGAACAUGGACCGCGUGGACCGGGAGAUCACCAUGGUGGAGCAGCAGAUCUGCAAGCUGCGCAAGAAACAGCAACAGCUGGAGGAGGAGGCGGCUAAGCCUCAGGAGCCCGAGCGCUCCAUUUCACCCCCGCCCAGCGAAGCCAAGCACCGCAGCCUGGUCCAGAUCAUCUACGACGAGAACAGGAAAAAAGCUGAGGAAGCACACCGGGUUUUGGAGGGACUUGGACCCAGGGUGGAACUGCCUCUCUACAACCAGCCCUCUGAUACCAAGCAGUACCAUGAGAACAUCAAAAUAAAUCAGGCGAUGAGGAAGAAGCUCAUUCUGUAUUUCAAGAGAAGAAAUCAUGCUCGCAAGCAGUGGGAGCAGAAGUUCUGCCAGCGUUAUGACCAGCUGAUGGAGGCUUGGGAGAAGAAGGUGGAGCGCAUUGAGAAUAACCCGCGGCGGCGCGCCAAGGAGAGCAAGGUCCGCGAGUACUACGAGAAACAGUUCCCCGAGAUCCGCAAGCAGAGGGAGAUGCAGGAACGCAUGCAAAGUCGUGUUGGGCAGCGCGGGGGAGGACUGGCCUCAGCGGCACGAAGUGAACACGAGGUCUCUGAGAUCAUCGACGGUAUCUCUGAGCAGGAGAACUCGGAGAAGCAGAUGCGUCAGCUGGCGGUCAUUCCACCCAUGCUGUUCGAUGCGGAGCAGCAGCGCAUCAAGUUCAUCAACAUGAACGGCCUAAUGGACGACCCCAUGAAGGUCUACAAAGACCGGCAGGUCAUGAACAUGUGGAGCGAACAGGAGAAGGACACGUUCCGCGAGAAGUUCAUUCAGCAUCCAAAAAACUUUGGUCUGAUUGCCUCUUUUCUGGAGAGAAAGACUGUGGCAGAGUGUGUGCUCUUCUACUACCUGACCAAGAAGAACGAGAACUAUAAAAACAUUGUCCGCAGGAACUACCGCCGGCGUGGUCGAAGCCAGGUGUGUGUCUCAGUGAGUUUGCAUCACACUCAGCAACAGCAGCAGCAAGUGAACCGGAAUAACCAGGAAGAGAAAGAGGAGAAGGAGAAGGAAAAGGAUGGGGAACGAGAGGAGGAGAAGAACGAGGGAGAGGACAAGGAGGACGGCAUGAAGUUAGUAUUGGACGACACGUCUGGCGAAGACGGGGAGGAUAAGGAGCCGGUGGCCGUGAAGGGCCGGCGCACGGCCAACAGUCGCGGCCACCGCAAGGGCCGCAUCACACGCUCCAUGGCCAACGAGCAAGAGGAGACCAGCACUCCUCCACUCAGCAGUGACCUAGCCAAUCUGGAGAUGAAUGAAAGCUCACGCUGGACUGAAGAGGAAAUGGACACUGCCAAAAAAGGUCUGCUGCAGUAUGGACGCAACUGGUCGGCCAUUGCCAAGAUGGUUGGCUCCAAGACGGUGUCGCAAUGUAAGAACUUCUACUUCAACUACAAGAAGAGGCAGAAACUGGACGAGAUUCUGCAGCAGCAUAAAAUGAGAUCGGAGCGUGAGCGUAAGGCGCGGCGUAAGGGCAAGGCCCUGCAGAGCGAGGAGGCCAGCGCCCCUUCAGCAGCUGAGGAUGAGGAGGGAUCAGGAGCCAGCGGCAACGAGGAAGAGGCCGCCGAGGACGGAGACGGCGGAGCCAACAACAGCUCGGACACGGAGUCUCUACCGUCGCCGCGCUCCUCCGAAGACAGCAAGCAGCCCAAGGAGGAGGCCGCCUCGUGUUCCGCCUCCUCCUCCACCACCUCCUCGUCCUCCUCCCGCGCCAAAGCGGCCGGCGGCAAGGACGACAAGGACGCCGUCGCCAUGGACACGGGCUGCGGUGGUGGUGGCGAGGACGGGAAGCCCCCGCCGGUGUCCCACGGCGACGUGAAGCAGGAAGUCAAGACGGAGGGCGAUGGCGCUGGGCCACCCGGAGGGUCGUCGUCCUCCUCCUCCUCCUCCUCGGCGGUGGGGUCGGCGGGCGAGGGGUCCGGCGGAGACAGCAAGCCACCGCAGCUGGAGCCGCAGCCGCCGGAGCUGAAGGGCCACGGCAAGGCCAAGCGCGAGCGAGAGCCCAAGGCCAGCGGCCAUGGCGACAGUGACUCCAGCGCCACCUGCAGCGCAGACGAGGUGGAGGAGACGGAAAGCAGCGACAAGAACAGAAUGACUUCUCCAAGACCCAGUCUGCUGAAUUAUGGCGUGAUCUCCUCUCCACUUCAGAAGCCCAUGGACCUCAAGCAGCUCAAACAGCGAGCAGCUGCCAUUCCCAACAUCAUGACUGAUAUGUCCAUGGGCGGUAUUGGUCGUGGGGCCUCGAUGCUCAAGCAGGCGACCGUGCCUCCUCACGCGCUGGCCCUCUACCAGCAGCAGAUCACCAUGGCGCAUGAGUCCUCUCAGGAGGCUAACCAGCACGCCGCAGCUGUUGCCGCAGCCGCCGCAGCCGCAGCAGCCUCCGGACAACCAAUGAAACAGCCCCACUUCCAGUCGAUGGGCGGAGACCGCAGCUGCAGUCCGCGCCUCCGAGGUCGCAGCCCCACCCCGUCUGAGCGGGACAAGGAUGAAAUGGAGGGGAACGAGAGAUGGCUGCAGACUCUACUUCAUGGAUUACAUAAGUCGCGGGCAUUCUCACCCCAUGCGGAAGGGAAGCGUGCGCCAGGCCCCGAGGAACUGAGGGGGGCGGCUGCAGCUCUGGGUCGGCCACUGAUGUCGCCCUACCAGCUGUCCCCCCGAGAUAUGGCCAAACUCAGCCACGAGCAGCAGCAGCAGCUCCUGCACUUCAAUCCCUCGUUGCCAGGGCUACAGGACGGUGGGCGUAUGGCUGCGGUCCGACCUCUACACAUUCCAGAACCCCCUCCUCUCAUCUCCUCCAACAAGUCAGGUGGCUCCAUCACUCAGGGGACCCCAGUGCAGCUGCACAGCCCAGCCCAUGGCUCUGAGCACGGGAAGAUCCCACCCACGUCCCACGGCCUGUCUUGGAUGGAGCCCAGGAAACUAGGUGGGCCUGGCUUCCCUGUGGUGAAGCAGGAGCAGCUGUCUCCCCGUGGUCCCUCCUCUCAAGCUGAGAAUCUCUCUCAGAGUGGGGCUCAAGACAGGGGCUCCAUGGCUCCCAUCCAGGGGGGCAGCAUCACCAAGGGCAUCCCUGGCACCAGGGUCCAUCAGGAGCCACCGCUCUCCUACCGUGGAGGCUCCAUCACCCAGGGCACUCCAGCUGACGUGCUGUACAAGGGCACCAUCACGCGCCUCAUCACGGAGGACAGCCCUAACCGGGGGGAGCGCAGUCGCGACGAGCCACCGCCUAAAGGCCACGUGCUCUACGAGGGUGUCAGCGGCCACAUCCUCACUUACGACCGCACCCAGAACCCUAAAGAGGAGCCGAUGGGCCUGAAGCGGCCCUAUGACCUCAUAGAGGGCGGCAUCUCCCGAGGACUGCCCAUGCGGGACUCCCUGUCGGCUGCUGAGGGUCUGAUAGUGAGGGCGAUGCCCCAGGAGCGAGACAGCCCUCACCAUAACAGAGGCUCUAUCUCUCAGGGUAUUCCGCGUCACAUGGAGCAGGAUGAGUACCGGCAGGCCAAGCUGAAGCGGGAGAACUCUCCGCCUCCCCGUGGCUCCGGCAUGCCCCAGGACGUGCUGAAGGGCCGCGGACACGACGGGCUGGUACCCACGGUCAAGGAGGGCGGCCGCUCCAUCCACCUCAUCCCCCGCGAGGAGCUUCGGAGCGGCUCUGGUGGCAAGGAGGGCUCCAUCACACAGGGCACCCCUCUGAAGCAGGAGCCCAUGACUCCUGCUAAGCGGCACGACGUGCGCUCCAUCAUCGGUGGCGGCGGCAGCAACGCCCCGCGGGGCUCCUACCCUGGCAUGCCCCCCCACCUGGACCUGCGGGCCGCAGCGGCGGCAGCUGGCGGGGGUGGCGGGGAGCGUGGUCGCUAUGAGGAGCCCCCCAAGGGCCGGCCCAGUGCGGUGGUGAGCACCGCCAGCUCAAUGGCCCGAGCCUCGCCCAUCGAUCAGGGCUCCAAGGCCCACCACAGCCCACUGGGCUACCAGCAGUCCUCCCACCGCGGAUCCCCGCACGCCCCCAGGGACUCUGGUCAGCGCCAACACGAAGGCUCCAGCAGUAAGCCCCAGUCCCAGGAGCGGAAGGCCACCCCCACCCCGCGCGAGAUGAGCUCCUCCACCAAGUCGCCCCUGCAGGGCGUGGCCGAGCACCAGGCUGCCUCUCUGGCAUCAUACGAGCGCCUGCUGCAGGGCCUGGGCCAGGACGUCUAUCGCGGGCAGAUCCCUCUGACCUUCGACCCUUCCAGCCUGCCACGUGGCAUCCCCCUCGAUCCCGCUGCUGCUGCCUACUACCUGCCCCGUCACCUGACCCCGGGACCAGGCUACCCGCACCCCUACCCGCCCUUCCUGAUCCGGGGCUACCCAGAGACGGCGGCCCUGGAGAACCGGCACACGCUCUUCACCGACUACAUCACCUCGCAGCAGAUGCACCAGUGGCCAGCCGCCGCCGCCACUAUGGCCGCCCAGAGGCCAGACCUGCUGCGCACGCUCUCCCCCCGGGACCAGCCCCUCCAAAUGCCCUACUCUCCUGCACCACGAGGUGUGAUGGAUCUUUCUCAGGUGCCCCACUUACCUGUCCUGGUCCCUCCCUCCGCAGGGGCGUCUGCCUCCCCCAUGGACCGGAUCACCUACAUCCCCCAAACACCCGGCAAUUUUCCCAGCAGGCCCUACACCACUUCACCCAUCUCACCUGUGGGCCAGUCACACAUGGGCAAGAUGCCAGGAACACCGUCCUCGUCCGAGCGCGAGCGCGAGAGGGACCGAGAGCGGGAACGGGAACGCGAGCGGGAACGCGACCGGGAGAGAGAGAGGGACCGCGAGAGAGACCGAGAGCGCGAGCGUGAGCGAGACCGCGAGAGGGAGAGGGAGCGUGAACGAGAGCGCGACCGGGACAGGGAGAGGGAUCGGGACCGGGAGAAGUCCAUGGGACACGGAAAUGUGGAACACGCACCUAUAUGGAGGCCAGGCCAUGAGCAGAGUCCCAUCAGCAGCAGCAGCAGCAGACCUCCGUCCCACCCCUACAGCCACCAGCACUCCCCCGUGUCUCCCCGCACACAGGACGGAGGGCAGCAGCGGCCCAGCGUCCUGCACAAGAGCCUGCCUGGGUCCGAGCACUCCAGCCCCUCUGUAGUAAGGUCUAUGCCACAGGGCUCCUCUCGUUACUCUGGCUACGGCAGCCACCUCCAGCGCUCAGGGCUCCCUGGCGAGGGCUACCCAGCUGGCAUGGACCCCAGCGGGGGCAAAGACCUGAGCCGCGACGGGGUUAGCAAAAGCCACCGAGGCGGUGGCGUCCUGCCCAGAAAUCCCCAGGACUCUUCGUCCUCUUCCUCGGGCAAAUCUGACCCCAAGCUGGCCAGUCCAGGCCCAGGGGGAGGCUAUCCCUCGCCCUACGCCCCAGCCGCUAUCAUGGGCCACCCGCAGAGCCGCGGGCACCUCCUCCUGGAGGGCGGAGGAUCGGCCGGGGGCCGCGGGGGUGACGGCGCCAACGCACCAAGUAGGGAAAAGACUCAAAGCAAAGCGAUGUCCGUGCAGGAGGAAGAGCUCCGGGCACUCGGUAAGACCACCAUGACAGCGGCCAACUUCAUAAACGCGAUUAUCAUGCGUCAAAUUUCUUGUGACACGGGGAUGCCAGAGGCGGGGCCGCUCGCGGCCAACGGCACCUGUGAGGCAGCCCAACAGAAGGCGGCAGCCGCUGCUAUGGAGCAGCACGGCCUCUACCGGCCUCCCUCCGAGGAGCGUCUCUCCCCUGGCCAGCAGCCCCAGUCCCCCCACGUCAAAGGCAGCCAGCGGGUGGUCACCCUGGCCCAGCACAUCAGCGAGGUCAUUACUAAGGAUUACACUCGACAGCAGAGUCAGAUGGGCAGCCAGCCGUCCCUGUUUGGGUACCACAGCUCCCCAGGCCUGGACCUCACCCGGCCCCCUAGCGCCCCCCAGAGCCAGGGCAGCAUGCAAGAUGGCCCAGGGGAGAGGCUGAGAGACCGAUCUCCUCCUCAGAGCAAGCAGUCUCCAGUGAGCCUGUCAGCCGAUGGCAUAGAGCCCGUGUCACCACCAGGGGGCGUCUCUGAGGCCGAGUCCCAGGGGACCUCCUACCCAGAUGACCAGGGGGAGCAAGUGAUGGGCUCUCGUUCUCCAGCCAGUGGUUCUCAGCCCCCAGCCUUUUUCAGCAAGCUGACGGAGAGCAACUCCACCAUCGUCAAGGUGAAGAAGCAGGAGAUGAUCAAGAAGAUUGGCAACGAGAGCGACUUCAAUCCUGCUCAGCCCGGCACAGAGAUCUUCAACAUGCCGGCCUCCACCACCACUGCUGGUCCUGUGAAUGUGCGCAGUCACCCUGCUCCAGAGACCGGAGGGAACACCAUUGGUCUGGAAGCCAUCAUCCGCAAGGCCCUGAUGGGCAAAUAUGACGAGCAGGGGGAAGAUCGGCAGCCCACCUCCAUGGGCUCUGCCCCCACGACCACGUCCGGCGCUGAGGGUCACCAGGAGGACUCCUACUCAGGAGCCGGCAAGCUCAAGUCCAGCGGUGGCAGCCGCUCUAACGGGCGCAAGGCCAAGUCUCCGGGGCCAGGUCUGUCCGGCGGAGAGAGGCCAUCCUCCGUGUCCUCCGUCCACUCAGAGGGAGACUGCAACCGCCGAACGCCCCUCACCAACCGCGUGUGGGAGGACCGGCCGUCCUCUACAGGUCCCACUCCUUUUCCCUACAACCCCCUCACCAUGACGAUGCGUUUGCCCAUGGGUCCGGGCCCCGCCCCUUCCCCCACCCAGACCAAUCAGAGCGGCCAAGGGGCCGGCCAAGGCCGCGCCUGGGAGGAGGAACCCAAGCCCUUGCUGUGCUCUCAAUACGAGACGCUGUCCGACAGCGAGUGAGGGACCCACACACACACACACACACACACACACACACACACACACACACACACACGUCUCCAUUGAUAACAAGAACAAUAUUCUAGACUCUUGAGAAAUCCAUUGCAUCGGUCCUCGUUUUAGACGCACACACACACACACACACACACACACACACACACACACACACACACACACACACACACACACGUACGGACUCUGCUGCUGCCGCCGCCGCUGCAUUACUCUCACUGACCAAAACACUCAGAUCAAGCUCAGACUCCUAACGCACAGGAAGAACCGGGCCCAAGAUGGAACCACACACACUCAGACAAGCACACACACACACACACACACACACACACGGAAACAUACAGUUGGCCCACCCGACCCCAAUCUCCAUUAUAUAUACCUCACACUCCCUGCUGUGGCCCCCACUGAUGCAAAAGCAGUGAGUGGUUACGUGUGUGUACUUGUGUUUUAUGUUUAUUUUUUGUUCCACUGCUGCGUAGGUGUGAGUGUGUCUGUCUGUGUGUGUGUGUGUGUGUGAAUAUGUAUAAAGAUGUCUGUUUAGUGGGUUUUCUUUUCUUUUCUGCACAACCACAUUAACCGUGUGCAUUCUACCGAGGACUAGUCUUUACAAGAAUCACUUUUUCAGAACUCCUUUAGAAAUGUUCGUCUCUUUCGUGUGUGUCUGGUUUAUUUCUCUGGCCUUAUUCAUGCAGACACUCAGAACCACACACACACACACACACACACACACACACACA